CGACACCGGUCACUUGACAAAAUCGGUCUGAUGACUAAACUUCAUGGGUCAUGUUUGCGGUACGCAUUAAAGAUUAAUAGUACUCGGGCACAAGUCACGAGCGUAACCGGAUGAUCUGAUUCACCUUAUCCCAAACACUUACACAACGCUCAGCCCAUAAAAACAAGAAGUUCUGGUAUGUUGUAAGCUAUAUUGGCAAGGGUAAUUGUGGCAGGCGACGAGUACUUUAGCACAGAGAAGAGAACCCAACAGGAACCUGCCAGCCAUAAACAAAGAAGACAGGAAUAAGUGGGCCAAAAGUUAAGAUACUCAAAAAAUUGAUGUGACGAACGGCGCUCCCAAAAAGCAACUUCAAGAAGCAAAGUGUCAGUAAAUUUAGAAAGUUGUCUAUUCUCGAGGAUGCGGUCCACAUACUUUGUAGUGUUUAUAUUCAGUACGGUGACAUGUGUCCUAGCGCAGAUCCCAGGAUUUGGAAAAUGCCCCGCUCCUCCAGUGAAACAAAAUUUUGAUGUUGAUCAGUAUGUUGGGGUUUGGUAUGAAUACCAGCGAUACUUUGCCGUCUUUGAAUUUGGUCUGAAAUGCGGACGUGCCGAAUAUACUUUGAAAGAUGACGGGCAUAUCCUCGUUAACAACACUGGGACCAAGAAAUGGAGUGGGAAAAGUACUGAGGCCAUAGGAGACGCGUUCGCCCCGGACCCAGAUGAACCAGCUAAAAUCAUUGUUAAUUUUGGAGGAGCCCCCAGCACUGGCAAACCUAAUUAUUGGGUUUUGGAUACUGAUUACAAUACCUUCUCUGUAGUGUACUCAUGUGCCGACUUUGGAGGCUUCUUGCAUGCAGAUAUCCUGUGGCUGCUCUCACGUGACAAAGCUGGUUUGCCAGACGACUUGACUAACCAGCUUAGGUCCCGGUUGGAACAACAAGGUUUAAGAACGAAGUACUUGAUGAAUAUUAAGCAAGACGGGUGUACUAACUAUUAAAAACUCUGCCAAAAACAUGGUUGCCAAAACUACAAACUAUAUAAAGGGCACUGAUUUGUAUACCUAGAUCAUUUUCCUUAGAAGCGUUAGUAUUUUGUUUAUAACCGUUUGCUAUAAAGACAAUAUAUCAAAUGUGCUCCUGGUGUGAUUAAAAGUAUUACAACAAUAAACGUUGAACUUUAUCUAA